UCAGGAGAACAGGAGAAGAUGAGAGCUUUUCUUGUGGUGUGUUUACUGUUGGUAGUGGCUACGGUCCAUGCAAGAGAUACACGGUACAAACGGAAUGCUGAUCUCGAAACGGCGGGCUCCCACCACUGGGAAAAGGGUGGCGGUGGUGAACACCAUGGACAUCAUCAUGGCGAACAUGGCGGAUUUGGCGAGAAGGGUUACAAAGAACACCACGAACAUGAUCAUGCUAAGAAAGGACACUCCCAUCACGAAGGACAUAAGGGCUACUAUGGUGACCACGGCGGCCACAAGAAAGGCCAUCAUCACGAUGAAGGAUACUACGAUGAGCAUCAUCACGGCGAGAAAGGGGAUAAAGGCCACGGCUUUGAAGAAAAGGGACACUUUCACAAAGGACACUCGACAAAAGGACAUCAUGGCAUACACAAAAUAGAUGAGUUCAAGAAAGACAAACAUUUCCACGAUAAACACGGCGAAUCCGGUUUCGAAGAAGGCUACGGUGGGCACCACCAUGAAGAUGGAUAUAAGAAGGGCGGGCACUUCCACAAGGGACAUAAAGAGGGCGGUUUCCAUGAGCACGAACAAGGCAAAAAGGGCCACCAUGAGGAGGGACGCCAUCACCAUGAUCAUAAAGGUCACCACGAUGAAGGUGGCCAUCAUGAACACUGGGGUCACGAUGAAGGCCAUGGCAGCAAAGGAGGUCAUGAAGAACACAAAGGUUGGGACUGGAAAAAGGGGGACAAAUAA